AUGUUAACUACUUCAACUCCAUUAUAUGGAACCGACGAGCCAUUCAUAAUUAUCGAUAAUGAAUUAGAAGAAAAAGCAACUCGCCAAACUUUACGAUACAUUUUCAGUAUCGCAUAUUUCAUUCUGUUCAUAUUUGGUACCAUUGGAAACGGAUAUGUAAUAGUAAUGAUUGUUAAUGUGAUGACAGCAGUAAAUAGAUCGCGAUUAAAUUUUUCGAGUCGAAUUCCGUCUUCUGCUACUAAUCACGUUUUCAUAUAUGUCCUUGGCCUUUCAAUCGUUGACCUUCUCGUCAUUUUACAUUUACCAUUCUUAACAGCCGAUCUCUUAUAUGGACAGUGGUUAUUUGGUGGAAUUAUGUGCAAACUCUAUUGGUUUGGUGAAAGUGUAAAUAAACUUUUGAGUAGCUUCAUAAUGACCGUAUUAAGUUGGGAUCGCUAUCUCGCAGUUUGCUCGCCGAUCAAAUCGAUGAAAAUGCGAAGUAAUAAAGUUGCAUGUUCGGUAUUAAUUCUAUGUUCAGCCUUGGCCACAUUACUGCUUUUGCCCGUCCUUAUAGAUGCCAUGGUGGUACAUGUCGAUAUACUCACCGGACAGCUUUUUACUAAUGACAGCGCAUUGCAAACAGGUGAAUAUAGCACAAAAUUAACGAAGUGCGUAUUUGAUGGUUCUUACUCAGCAUUUAUGUUUUAUAGCUUUGCCUGCGGCUAUUUAUUUCCCGCACUUUUGAUAAUUUAUUUUUAUUCAAAAGUGAUAAUAAAAUUGCAAAAGAGUAUGAAAAAUUUUCGACGAAGAAGUAACGCUCAGAAUUGUUUCAGUUAUACUGUUACAUGGUCGACAUUAACCUUAUCGUCGACAUUUUUCGCAGCUCAUUUACUUGUUUGCUUUAACUCAGCUGCAAAUCCAAUACUGUACGCUUUUAUAAACCGAGAACUACGACAACAACAUGUGCAAGCAAUGCAAAAGCGAAGGCGUUCCAUAACAACUGCAACAAAUUUUGCUAUGGAUGUGAUCAACAAACAUACAAUGCUCGCAAAAUGUGUUACAACACAGCCUCCGAAAAAUGAGAAAGAAUUUCAUCGACAAAAGGAAAUACUGCUAGACAAAAUUCGCAAGUGCUUGCUGACACUUCGAAUUGAGAAAUAUCCUUCAAAUUCAUGCAGUUCACUUAGUAACCAUUCUCAACAAAAUGAAUAUAAGCAAGAAGGAUGUUUGCAUCUUAUAGAUUGUGAGAAAAUUGAUAUCGAUCAGCAUGGAUCAUCUAUCAAAACCGUUUCAAGUGAUAUUUUCAAUUUUUAUGAAGAAAAUGGAGAAAGAUCUUCAGAUGAAAUUAGUUCCAAGCCUGAUGACCUAUUACUAUAA